AUGGUCACCGAUCAUUUGGGGCGGAAUCAGCGGGUCUUUCCACUCCUGAGCAAGUACCUGUGCGACCACACCGAGUCGUGCAUGGUGACAUGCACAUGGUCAGCCACGUCGAACCAACCUUGCUCUAUGUGCCUUGUGAGCAAGUGGGACCUGGCGGAUCUGACCCUGGAAAGCACCCCACGCACCGUGAAAGGCCAAAAGGACGUGUACGUGCGGAUCGAGGGUACCAACCCAAAGAAGCGCAAGAGAGUUAUGUCUGCAUGGUGCACCCACUUUGUGCAGGUGGGUGACCCUCUGAGCGGCUUGUGCGCACUGUGGGAAUGGGCGCACGUCGACACACCCUGGGGGAACCUCUACGAGGUCAUCGGAAUAUGCAUCAUGCACGUGGUGGACGAGGGGGUGUGGCUGCACACCAUGCGAUGCCUGCACGCAGCUGGUGUGGACGUGUUUGCUCAUGCCGUACUGACCCGUUGCAUUGCUUGUGGCCGCAGCCAGUGCGAGGCCGUCAUGGCAGUGACGCCACCGUCUCUUCUCCGUCAUCCGGACCCGUCGGCAUACUUUGGGACGGUGUCCCAGUAUGCCGCAUGGGAGCACCGGGCCAUGAUGCAGAUUGUCCCGCUGGUCGCUCACCUGCCUGGACACGAGGACAUUGCCCGAGUGGUCAUCCUCUUCAACGAGUGGUACCGCGCAUAUUUCCGCGUGGCGUAUUACACGGAGGCGUCUCUUCAAGAGGCAACGAGGAAGACCAUUGUGCUGGUCGCGGAGCUGAAGCUCGUCUUCCCCAAGCAGUCGUCGCAGUGGCGACUGUCGAAGGUGCAUCUUCUCCGGCACCUCCCGCAUGCGAUCAGGAUGCAUGGCAUCCCGUCCGAGCAAUCGACCAACACAUACGAGGCCUUGCAUAAGCGAUUCUGCAAAUGGCCUGCACGGAACUCGAACUGGCGGGACGUGGGCAGAGACAUUGCGGUUCGCCACGCAGGCAACGAGGCAAUCAGGGGCCUGGGUCGGGCCGAGGGCGGUAGGACGUACGAGACGGCCAUGCGCACGGUGAGCCAUGACGGGUCGUGCAUGAGUGUAGCGCUCCCGAGCCAUGUGACAUUACUUACAGCAUGGUGUCCCGUAUUGGCUGUCGGGUCUCACGGUGAUGGAGGGUUCUCUUUUAUGCUCUUUUCCAUUCCCAUCGUACGGUGCGUGGGCACAGGGGGUGAAGCACAACACCAGGGUGCUUACCCGACGUUCACGGCGCAUGGCGGUGGGGGAUGCGCAGGACCCCGUCUGGGCAGAAUAUGGCGCCGUGCUGGGCAGCGGGGUGAUGGACGGUAUCGCACGGGUGAUGCAGCGUGUGGGGAUCGAUGCGUCAGGCGUGCAGGUGAUGCCUCGUCGAUGAGUGGGUGCAAGGGGGCCGGUUCGGGAUUGGGAUUUCGGGUUCACACAGCGAUGGCGAUACCCCCCCAUGACCGCCUCUUGGGCCGCGGGCCAGGGCACAUGGUGAAGGCAGCGCCGGGUGAGGGGAAGUUCAGCUACGUGUCGAUUGCUGGGGGGGAGGGCGAGUGGUAUGCUCGGUGCAUCAUGCUAUUCCAUUUCAUUGACGGCGAGGCCCAGAUUCACAGGCGCGCCGUGGUGCGGUAUUUCGACGAGCAUCCCACUCCAUGCCCCGUGACUGGAUGCGCGAGGCUACUGCCGACUGUGGGAGAGGACGAGUACGCAGUUGUCGAGGUGGACAGCAUUCUGUCCCUUGCCCACAUUGUCCCGUGUUCCACUGAGCCCCGGUUCUCUUUGGUGAACCGGUUUCUGUUUGAUGAGUGA